GCAGUACGGAUUGCCAUGGAACGCAACCACAAAUUCGAAUCUUCGCGAUUUUGCCGCACGAGGUCUCCGAAAUCAAUUAAAAACUGUGCCGUCACUCUUUCAUUGGCUCUCGGGGGAUAUCUCGUCAGUGACGGAAAAUCAUACAGGUUUCCGCACGAAAUGAGUCUUCAGGACGCGUUGUACGUUGUUGCGACCGCGCCGUUUAACGCCGUUUACAAAGGGAGCAAAGUGACCGCUUCGUACGCUUGGCAUACUGCUGCAGCGGCCACAGAAUACUUAGGACUAAAAUCAAAAGUUGAAGCAAAAAUGGCUGAGCCUAUACCUAUAUGGAAAUUAGCUGCUGCCAGUGGACCAUAUGUCAAACUCGCAGCUUUGAGUGGAACAAUGGCUGUAGUACUUGGUGCUAUUGGAUCUCACAGAUAUUACUCCAAAGAUGAAGAAGGACAGGAGCAGCGUCGAAUCUUUGAAACAGCAAAUCGUUAUCACUUCAUACACACUCUAGCUCUGUUAGGAAUGCCACUCUGCAGAGUUCCAUCCGUGGCUGCUAUACUCAUGCUCUCUGGAAUCGUGCUGUUUAGCGGCAGCUGCUAUUAUACCGCUUUUACCAAUGACCGACGAUUGAGCAAGUUGACACCUGUUGGAGGAUUUUGUCUUAUACUAGGGUGGUUUUCCAUGAUCUUUUAAUUAAUAUCGUCAGAUACGCGGUAUUAUACUAAGAUAAAUACUAUAAGUCUAAAUACAUAAAAAAAGGAGUUACAAUGUUAUUACAUAAGGUACUAUAUAUAAUCUUAUAAAUUUAAAUUCUAUAUAUUGUCAGCUUGUAUACAGUAUUUUCGAUAAACAUACAAAGAAAAUAAAGAGGAGGAGCUAUAUGCUUAUUUUAAAUUAA